GCCAAGUUGUACGAGUGGCAAGUCUAGAACUUCUGUUUCAUUAUUAAGCUGCAUUUGUUAACUUCCAAGAUGCCUACCUACAAGCUGUACUAUUUUAAUGCAAAAGGGAAUGCAGAGAUUACCCGUCUGGUGUUUGCUGCUGCUGGUGUGGAAUAUGAAGACAUCAGAUUUAAAGACCGUGAUGAUUGGCUUAAUAACUACAAGCACUUAAGCCCCACCGGACAGUGUCCAUUCCUGGAGGUGGAGGGGAAGAAGAUUGGUCAGAGUUUGGCUAUUGCGCGUCUUGUGGCAAGAGAACACGGUCUUUAUGGUGAAAGUAACAUGGACGGUGCCAUGAUAGACCAGGUCCUUUACACUUUAGAUGAUUUGACCAAGCCACUUAUCGAUUGGCAUUUUGAGAAAGAUGAAGCAAAGAAGGCAGAGAAAGAAAAGAAGCUAGCUGAGGAAACACUGCCUGAAUCCAUGCAACGCCUUGAUAAACUUUUAAAAGGAAAUGGCGGCAAAGGAUACUUUGCAGGAAACAAGCUCUCCAUUGCGGACCUAGCAGUCUUCAAUCAAUGUUCAGGGCUGGUGGUAAAGUUCCCCAAGUGCAUGGACAAAUGCAAAGAAUUGCCAGCAUUCAUUGACCGCAUUAAAGCUCUCCCAAAGAUAGCUGAUUGGUUAGCGAAGAGACCGCAGACAGAUUUUUGAAUUACGUUUUAACGAACUGCAUUGUCACUUGUAACCUAUAUUUUGGCAAAUUAUAACUAAAACAGGGACAACUGUUGAUAGCGAUUUUCUUUUUUACUAUUUUCAAAAAAUGACCCCUAUGGAAAAUGGGGCGUGGUAUGGCAAUGAAUCACAUAUCAUUAUCUAUCUUCCAACUUAACCAGCCACAGUUAUAGCAUUGGGACUCUUCCUUCUUAAUCUGUGGUGUGUAAAGAUUUAGUCAAUUUUUGUUAAAUAAAAAGGGAAGUGAAAUUGCUUAUAAUUUGAAAUGAAAAAUUCAUAUUUGAGUCCUGCUAAAAUUACAAAAUCUGAUAUAAUUGUCAUCUUAAAUUGUUGUCCCAAAUAGUAAAGUUGUUGUUAAGGUGCAAACAGUGUGAUGGUAAAAUGGAUUAAAACUUCAACAUUCCAAAAAUGGUUUUUAUUUUGCAUAUAAUCCUUGUCAUGGUCGUUGCUUUAAGGGUGUUUCUGUGUCUUUUCACUCAGUUUUUGGUUAUAAUUAUAGAUAUUAAAAUAUAAAGUUCCAAUAGUAUACAAGUGAAUUAAAAUCUGAAAGCACAAAGCAACACAGAUAC